GCAGGACAGGGUUCGCGCUGCAGUCCCUUGCAGGUGGACGCCAAACCCCGGCGAGUGUUGGAGGUCUGCCUGCCUUAUACCUGAACGCUAUCCACUCUACAUCUCCAUCUAGUGGGUCAAACCAGAAAUAGGGGAAUCACCCUGCACCAUAAAUUGUCCCUCCUCUCUACAUCAACCCAUUGUCAAGUCCUAGCCGUUUUUACCUCUUAAAGAGCUCUGGAGUUUUUACAUACCUCGCCAUCGCAUUUAUCACCACCUUCUUUGAAUAUUACAGCAGCCUCCUAAAAGCUUCUACAUUUGCCACCCUAAGUGCAUCUUUUAAAAACAGAGAUCAGAAUCCUUCCUGUGACCCGAAAAGCCCAGCAUGAUCUAACCUCUGCCUACCUCCAGCCUUAUCAGCUUAUUCAUCCCAACUACGGUCCCCUUUUCGUUUCCUGGAACAAUAUACCAAUUCCUUUCCUGCUUCAAGAACUUCGUAUCUGCUGUAUCUAAAAUGGGUCCCUUUUGGUGUUCUGUUUUGGCAACUUUUUUUUUGUUUUGUUUUUUCAAAAUAUUAAUCAUUAUCUAAUUUGCAUGUUUAUUGCCUCUCCAAGUAGACUCUAAAUCCACAAGAUCCUAAACCCUAUCUUAUAUGCCAUCAUUGAAAACCCAGAUGGCAGACAAGUGUUUUGGCAUGCCUGAUUUCCCAGUGACUUAGGAGGCUGAGGCAGGAGGAUCACAAGUUCAAGGCUGGCCUUGGCAACUUAGACCCUAUCUCAAAAAUAAAUAAAAAGGGCUGGAGAUGUAGCCUAGUAGAGUGUCUCUGGCUUCAAUCCCCAGUACUGGAGGGAAAAAAGAAAAAACUCAAAUGACUCUACAAUAUAUGAAAUAUUGAUGUCCAGUAUUUAUUGAAUGAAUAAAUGAAAUACAUUCAGCAAGCAUUAGAGUAUGCCUUGUGUUUGUAUUGCCCUUGCUUACAUAGAUAGUUAACAAAGCAAUUAACACCUAGGCUAUACUGCUUAUUCAUUGUGUGCUUACUUUAUGCCAGGACAAGGUAGUAGGCAUUGAGGUACACAAAGAUGAAAAGUUCUUUUCUUUGAAGUGCUCACAGAACAUUGAAGGAGACAGUUGUGAUACCACCUAUCAUAAUGGAAGGAGGCUCAAGAGAAACUCUUCAGUCUGUGGAAGGAAGCCAGAAAGAGCCAACUUCCCUGAGGCAGUGAUAAGCAUGAAUCUGAAGGGAGUGGGAAUCUGGAGAGAGCACUCCAGGCAGAGGGAAUAGAUGUGCAAAAGCUUGGAAGCAUUAAAACAAAUACCAGGUGUUCCUGGGAUGUAGGUUGGGUGGGGAGAAUGGCUGGAGGGGUAGGUUUUGUUAGGCUGAGGGGUUUGAAUGUUACAUUGAAAUAACCUUGUGAGAAGGCAGACUAGAUGCUGUCAUUCUCAUUUUUCAGGUGAGGAAUCUGAGGUUCAGGUCCCUUGUAGGGUAUGUGGCAGGGUGAGUACUGUUUUUGGUGGUGCUGGGGAUCGAACCCAGGGCCUUGUGCUUGCAAGGCAAGCACUCUACCAACUGAGCUAUCUCCCUAGGCCCUGGAUCUCAGCUCUUUAUUCCCUGCCUGUGUGCUCCCUUGCAAGAUUGGUGUGUAUUAGCUAUGUUAGUAUUAAUGACAAGCUUUAGGGAUGGUGUCAUAUUAAAGGCCUCACAGGUGAAGUGGGCAGAGAGGAUCUCAGGACUUGCUUCCUGGCUGUUGUGUGUUCUCUUUUUGUUCUGGGCUUCAGGUCCAGCAGUUCUUGCGGCUAGCUCAGAGGGGUACAGAGGAAAAGGAGAGAGAAAAGGCUCUGGUCAGUCUUCGUCAAGGCUUACAGCACCCUGAGACGCAACAAAUCUUCAUCAGGUCCGUGCAGGUGAUACAGGCUGGAGGGCAGCAUGCGGACCUUGGUUGGGCUCCUGACCAGCAACAGAGCCCUGCUGCAGCUUGAGGCAGCUCGGUGCCUGCAUGAGCUUUCUCAUUCUGAGCAGUCUGCGGUGGCUGAGGCCUGCCUGCCAGCUACUUCCUACCUUCUCACCUACCUUUCCGGUCACAGCUCAGACUUCAUAGAGCUGUGUCUGUAUACACUGGGGAAUCUGAUCGUGGAGAGUGAGGUUGUGAGACGGCAGCUCCUGCCACAGGGCAUUGUUCCAGCCUUGGCUGCCUGCAUCCAGUCCCCCCACGUGGCUGUGCUGGAAGCCCUUGGAUAUGCCUUGUCCCAGCUUCUGCAGGCUAAGGAAGCUCCAGAGAAGAUCAUUCCCUCUAUCCUGGACUCCCUCCUUCCCCAGCACAUGCUGCGACUGAUGCAACCUGGCCCAAAGCUGAACCCUGGGGUUGCUGUGGAGUUUGCCUGGUGCCUUCACUACAUCAUCUGUAGCCAGGUCAAUAAUACCCUGCUCAUCACCCAUGGGGCUCUGUCUACUCUGGGGAUGCUGUUGUUGGACUUGGCUGGGGCUGUCCAGAGAACAGAGGAGGCAGGACUGGAGCUGCUCGCAUGCCCUGUGCUCCGGUGUCUAAGCAACCUGCUGACAGAGGUGGCAGUAGAGGCUAUGGGAGGGCAGAUGCAACUCAAAGAUGAACGUAUUGUGGCAGCGUUAUUUAUCCUCUUCCAGUUCUUCCUUCAGAAACAGCCCAGUCUGCUUCCGGAGGGCCUAUGGCUCCUCAAUAAUCUCACUGCAAACAGUCCUACUUUGUGUACCUCCUUGCUCUCCUUGGAUCUGAUUGAGCCCCUUUUGCAGCUGUUGCCACUAUCUAAUGUGGUUAGUGUACUGGUGCUCACAGUUCUUUGCAAUGUUGCAGAGAAGGGUCCAGCUUACUGCCGGCAGCUGUGGCCAGGACCCCUGCUCUCCUGCUUGCUGAAAACACUGGCCCUCUCUGAUACGGAAGUAGUAGGCCAAAGUUUGGAGCUGCUGCAGCUGCUUUUCCUGUAUCAGCCAGAGGCUGUCCAGGCCUUCCUGCAGCAAUCAGGGCUGCAGGCUCUGGAAAGGCAUCAGGAGGAGGCCCAGCUUCAGGAUCGGGUGCAUGCUCUCCAGCAGAUAGCUCUUCAUGGCUGACCUGGCUUCUCAAUGUCACACAUUAUCCUGCCCGCCAAGCAUCUUUUCUCAUUUUCUUUUAGGGGUAAACAAUGGGGUCUUUGGGGUAUUAGGAUCAUCAUGAGGUCUCACGCUCUUUGCUCCUGCACCUAAGCCAAGAUCUUUGGAGCCCAGUUGCUCCUGUUUUUACCCAGCACUGCCCAGAGGGGACUCUCUGGCCCAUUUAUUCUGGGGGCCCUGGAGCACUCCUCUCCCUGCCCCCUCUUUUGAGAUGGGGUCUUAUUGUGUUUCCCAGCCUGGUCUCAAAUUCCAAGUGCUCCUCCUGCUUCACCCAAAUAGCUGGAUUAGAGAUGUGUGCCACUGCACCUGGCUCAGCUGGUGGCUUUUGAUAAGAAUAAAGCUUUAUUUUUAUAUUAAA